UUGCGUGGUGCCGGCAGCGCAGAGCGGCGGGGUCUCAUUGUUGGGCACGGCGGGAUCAUGAGGGGCGACCGAGGCAGAGGCCGCGGCGGACGCUUUGGUUCCAGGGGAGGCCCUGGCAGUGGGUUCCGGCCCUUUGUGCCGCACAUCCCCUUUGAUUUCUAUGUCUGUGAAAUGGCUUUUCCCCGCGUGAAGCCGGCCGCCGAUGAGACCGCCUUCAGCGAGGCCCUGCUCAAGAGGAACCAGGACCUGGCUCCCACCGCUGCUGAACAGGCCUCCAUCCUUUCCCUGGUGACCAAGAUCAACAACGUGAUCGACAACCUGAUCGUGGCACCGGGGACGUUCGAAGUGCAAAUCGAGGAGGUUCGUCAGGUGGGCUCCUACAAGAAGGGGACCAUGACCACAGGCCACAACGUGGCCGACCUGGUGGUGAUCCUCAAGAUCCUACCCACCCUGGAAGCUGUGGCAGCCUUGGGGAACAAGGUUGUGGAGAGCCUGCGAGCUCAGGACCCUGGUGAAGUCCUGACCAUGCUGACCAACGAGACGGGCUUUGAGAUCAGCUCGGCCGAUGCCACGGUGAAGAUCCUCAUCACCACCGUGCCCCCCAACCUGCGCAAGCUGGACCCGGAGCUGCACCUGGACAUCAAGGUGCUGCAGAGCGCCCUGGCUGCCAUCCGGCACGCGCGCUGGUUCGAGGAGAACGCGUCCCAGUCCACGGUGAAGGUGCUGAUCCGGCUGCUGAAGGACCUGAGGAUUCGGUUCCCUGGCUUCGAGCCCCUCACGCCCUGGAUCCUGGACCUGCUGGGCCACUACGCGGUGAUGAACAACCCCACCCGGCAGCCCCUGGCUCUCAACAUCGCCUACAGGCGCUGCCUCCAGAUCCUGGCUGCGGGGCUCUUCCUCCCUGGCUCCGUGGGCAUCACGGAUCCCUGUGAGAGCGGGAACUUCCGAGUGCACACGGUCAUGACCCUGGAGCAGCAGGACAUGGUGUGCUACACCGCCCAGACCCUCGUCCGCAUCCUCUCCCAUGGAGGCUACAGGAAAAUCCUCGGCCAGGAGGGCGAUGCCAGUUACCUGGCUUCGGAGAUGUCCACGUGGGAUGGGGUGAUAGUGACGCCUUCCGAGAAGGCUUAUGAGAAACCUCCCGAGAAGAAGGAAGGGGAAGAGGAAGAAGAGAACCAGGAGGAACCUGCUGCAGGGGAGGAAGAGGAGAGCAUGGAGACGCAGGAGUGACGGUGCCCAUGGAAAGCCUUGGGGC